CGCUCGGCAGUGCAGUCGCCGCCGCCGCGGCCCCCGAGCAGCCAUGCGGAGCAGGAGCAACUCCGGCGUGCGCCUGGACGGCUACGCGCGGCUGGUGCAGCAGACCAUCCUCGGCCACCAGAACCCGGUGACAGGGCUGCUUCCGGCCAGCUGCGACCACCCGGAUGCCUGGGUCCGAGACAACGUCUACAGCAUCCUGGCUGUGUGGGGCCUGGGCUUGGCCUACCGCAAGAAUGCCGAUCGUGACGAGGACAAGGCCAAGGCGUACGAGCUGGAGCAGAGUGUGGUGAAGCUGAUGCGAGGCCUCCUGCAGUGCAUGAUGAGGCAGGCGGACAAAGUGGAGGCCUUCAAGUACAGCCAGAGCACCAGGGACAGCCUGCACGCCAAGUACAACACGGGCACCUGUGCCACGGUGGUGGGGGAUGACCAGUGGGGCCACCUGCAGCUGGACGCCACCUCCCUCUACCUGCUCAUGCUGGCCCAGAUGACGGCCUCUGGGCUGCACAUUAUCCACAACCUGGAUGAAGUCAGUUUCAUCCAGAACCUGGUCUUCUACAUUGAAGCCGCUUACAAGACCGCAGACUUUGGGAUAUGGGAGCGCGGCGACAAGACAAACCAAGGCAUCACGGAACUGAACGCCAGCUCCAUCGGCAUGGCAAAGGCGGCCCUGGAAGCCUUGGAUGAACUCGAUCUCUUCGGUGCUGAGGGGGGGCCCCAGUCAGUCAUCCACGUGCUGUCCGACGAAGUGCAACACUGCCAGUCCAUUCUCCACUCUAUGCUGCCGCGGGCUUCGACUUCCAAGGAGAUCGAUGCCAGCCUGCUCUCGGUCAUCUCCUACCCCGCUUUCGCAGUGGAAGACAGUGACGUGGUGGAGAAGACCAAGCAGGAGAUUAUCACCAAGCUGCAGGGCCGUUACGGCUGCUGCCGCUUCCUCCGUGACGGCUACCGAACCCCCAAGGAGGACCCGAACCGGCUCUACUAUGAGCCCGCUGAGCUCAAGCUCUUCGAGAACAUCGAGUGUGAAUGGCCCCUUUUCUGGACCUACCUCAUCAUUGACGGCCUCUUCAGCGGCAACGCGGAACAGGUCCAGGAAUACCGGGAAGCCCUGGAAGGGGUCCUCAUCAAGGGCAAGCAUGGCGUUCUGCUGGUUCCAGAGCUGUACAGCGUCCCGCCGGAGAAGGUGGAGGAGGAGUACUGCCACCCGCACACCGUGGACCGCAUGCCGCUGGGCAAGCUGCCACUCAUGUGGGGCCAGUCCCUCUACAUCCUGGGCUGCCUCAUGGCAGAGGGCUUUCUGGCUCCAGGGGAGGUUGACCCACUGAACCGCAGGUUUUCCACGGUCCCAAAACCUGACGUGGUGGUGCAGGUCUGCAUCCUGGCGGAGACGGAGGACAUCAAGGCCCUCUUGCAGCAGGAGGACAUCGAGGUGGAGACAGUGGCUGAAGUCUACCCCAUCCGUGUGCAGCCAGCGAGAAUCCUCAGCCACAUCUAUGCCCGACUGGGCCGCAACAAGCGCAUGUGUCUGAGUGGGCGGCCCUUCCGCUACAUGGGCGUCCUCGGGACCUCCAAGUUCUAUACCAUCCGGGACAGCAUCUUCGCCUUCACGCCGCAGUUCGUGGACCAGCAGCAGUUCUACCUGGCCCUUGACAACAAGAUGAUGGUCGAGAUGCUUCGGACCGACCUGUCCUACCUGUGCAGCCGCUGGCGGAUGACGGGGCGGCCCACCGUCACCUUCCCCGUCUCACACACGAUGCUUGAUGAAUCUGGGACCAGGAUCCAUCCAGCUGUCUUGGCCACCCUGCGAAAGCUGCAAGACGGGUAUUUUGGAGGGGCAAGGAUCCAGACUGGUAGGUUGUCUGAAUUUCUCACCACUUCGUGCUGCACCCACCUCAGCUUCAUGGAUCCUGGGCCGGAGGGUAAGCUCUAUGCUGAUGAUUAUGGGCUCAGCCUUGACAGCUUCGGCAAGUUAGACCCUGAGGACUGGCUGCAUGGCUUACGGUUGGCCGAAGAUGCCGACAUUUGCGACGAAGUGGCCCAGUACCUGGACCAGCUCCUGCAGAGCACGGCCCCCAGGAGCAAGCUCCCGCCUGUUGCGCAGCAGGGGGGGCUGCAGCGCUUCCGCGCCGCCGUGCACACCGCCCAGGACCUCGUGUCGCUGGUGUCCAAGGCCAAGGAGCUGCAUGUCGAGAAUAUCAGCAUGUACAUCCCCUCCAAGCUUCUCCAGGACUUCCAGUCAUCCGUUAACCUGCUGGGCUCGGCGCAAAAGCCAGAGCCCAAGAAGCCGUCCAUCCCUGCUGAUCUGAACCUCCCCAAGGACGCAGACGGCAACGUGGACUGCCAGGCCUUGGUGGAACAGCUGCGCCAGUGCCAGACCCUGCAGGAUCAGGCCAACCACCUCUACAUGCUCCACAUGCUCAAGGGGCCUGACUGGGACACAGAGCUGUAUGGCGAACCAGGUGCCACAGUCCACAGUCUCCUCCUGGAACUCUACAGCAAAGUUGGGGCGACACGCCAGUGGGCCUUGAUCCGCUACCUCUCCGGCAUCCUGAAGAAGAAGGUGGAAGUGCUUGAUGAGGCCUGCACCGCCCUGCUGUCGCACCAGAAGCACCUGACCGUGGGGCUUCCCCCGGAGCCGCGAGAGAAGACCAUCUCUGCCCCGCUGCCGUACGAGGAGCUCAUGCGCCUGAUAGAUGAAUCCAGCGAGAAGAACAUGAGUGUCUCCAUCCUGACUCAGGAGAUCCUGGUUUACCUGGCCAUGUACAUCCGGACGCAGCCCAGCCUCUUUGCGGAGAUGUUCCGCCUGCGCAUUGGGCUCAUCAUUCAGGUGAUGGUGACGGAGCUGGCCCACUCCCUGCAUUGCUCAGCCGAGGAGGCCACGGAGAGCCUGAUGAACCUCAGUCCUUCCCACAUGAAGCGUCUGCUGCACCACAUCCUCAGCGGCAAAGAGUUCGGAGUGGAGCGGAGCGUGCGUGCCAUGGACUCAGCCCGGACACCGACCGUUUCCAUCCACGAAGUUGGUCCGGUGGGCGCAACAAAAUCAGAGCGCGCCGGCAUCGUCAAGCUCAAGAGCGAGAUCAAACAGCAACUGGACAGACGCAGGCAGUCUGUGUCUGAGCUUAAGUCCGCUGGCUUGCACUCCUUGGAGGGCAGCGCAGAACCUUCCCAGUUGCUCAAGCACUCCGUGCCGCCAGGAAGGGGUGCUCUGCCCUGCGCGCUGGAGGACCAGCAAUCCAAGGAUGGGCGCCAAGGCCAGUGGCAGCGGAGGCGGCGGCUGGACGGCGCCCUCAACCGGGUGCCCGUGGGGUUUUACCAGAAGGUCUGGAAGAUCCUGCAGAAGUGCCACGGACUCUCCAUCGACGGCUUUGUUCUUCCUUCUUCAACAACCAGAGAGAUGACUCCAGGGGAGAUCAAGUUUGCCGUCCAUGUGGAGUCUGUUCUCAACAGGGUCCCUCAGCCAGAGUACAGGCAGCUCUUUGUGGAGGCCAUCCUGGUCCUGACGCUGCUGACGGACGUGGACGUGCGCAGCAUCGGUGGCCUCAUCGCAGUGGAUAAGAUCGUGCACAUUGCGAACAGCCUCUUCUGUGAGGAGCAGAAAAUCCUGGGCGCCGAUGACAACAUGCUGGAGCAGGACGUGGCCACGGGCAUCUGCACGCUGCUCUACGACAGCGCCCCCAGUGGCAGGUUUGGCACCAUGACCUACCUCUCCAAAGCCGUGGUCACCUACCUGCAGGAGUUCCUUCCCAGCAGUGGCUGCACCAUGCAGUAAGCAGGCCUGGGUGUCCCAGAACGAGCCUGCAGAACAGCAUCGAGCCUGAAGGCCAGCCUUCGGCCGCCUCACCAGCAGGCGGGGGCCACUCCGCCCACCUCACCCCGGCAAAUCCCGCAGGAACUGAACUCUUUUGGCGUGGCACUCCGGGAAUGAGCACUGUGGAGCAAGUCGGCAGCUGAAGGCGGAUCCUUCCAGGUGCUGCAGGAAGGCAACGGGCAUCUUUGCACGGACAGGAGAGUUGCUCACGGACACAACCCUUUCAUACCCGGAGGAAGUUCGGCACUUCUCGGGCACGGAGCCUCACGAAGCCCAGGAACGGCAGCCAUUUGUGCUGUUUCGUACAGUUGCAAAGGGGGUCAAGGGCCUCUCCCACUCCCCUUGUCUGCCUUUGUGGGUGCGCCUUCCUUCAUCAGUUCCAGAUUUCAUCACCGUGUGGGGUGUGCUCUCCAUGGUGGCACUUUUUGGCCUGUGGCUGUGUGAUUUUAGGGAAGGCAGGCAGUGGCCAUGUUUGGAGGCUUUCCCUUCUCUGAAGUCCCUCCAGGAGAAACACUCCGAGUGCCUUUUAAUGUCGUGUGCAUUUAAAGUAUCACCAGGUGACUGCUCCCUCCUGCUCGAUGCAAAACAGAUGCUUGCGCUGCCUCAGGCAAGGCCUCUGGGCCUUUGGCCGCCUCCAUUCAGGAGUCAGUCUCAACUAGAUGAGGCUGCAGACCUCGCCAGUAAAAGCCCUCCGAUAGCAGCAGCAGCAGCCUUUGCCACACUGCGGCUUCUUCAGAAGACUGUCAGCAGCAGGUGCUCCUUGGUCAAAGGGUGUGGAGCCUUCCUCCUUGUUGCUGGACUGGAGCUUGUUCCCCAAACUGGAGACUGGGAAUGCAUCAGCUCUGUAACUAGGCUUGGCUUCCGUCGCCAGCCGCUGCUUUUGGAGAAGUUGCUGGUGGGCCUGAGGUAGACCUGCUGCACCAGAAGUGUCUCGAGUGACAAGCUCCAUGGGAUGGGUAAUAGGAUGCAGUGAGAGCAGAGCCUCCUGGCUGCGGGGGAAGCAAUGGAUGUUUUGGAAAGGCGUGGAAAGGGCCUGCAGGCGGUGGAGCAUGGGCGAGAGAGAGCCUUUCUUGCCAAAUGUUUAAACUGUAGAAGUGGCUCUCCAGCGAAGGAGGAGCUGCAACUUUGGGAAAGUUUGAGGCUUAGUUCCUGCUUUAGAGGAAGAUCCCUGGCACUCCAGGGGAGAGGUGAGCUGCUGAGAGACAACAGGACAUCAGGUUCAGUCCUUUGCUAUCAACAGGAUCUCUCCCUAUUUUCUUCGAAUCUCCUCCAUUACUCAUGCUUCUUUUGCUUAACUUGUGCCAAUUUCUUUUCAGUGUGGACAGGAGGGCAUCCCAGCAGGUCCUGAACUAGAGUGCAACAAUGGCAUGUGUUUCCAGCCAAUUUUACAGCACGGGGCUUGGGCUCGCUCUUGUAAUGCACUUUUGUGAUCAUUUGCCAACAUGAUCAAUUGCACUGUUACUUUUUUUUCUUCAACAAGGGCUCUUGAGCAAUACAACUUUUGGUAAGAAAAGAGCUUGAUUUAUGGGCCUUUGUGUGUGUGAUGUUGGAUGCAAACUACAGUUCAGCCUUGGUUCUCCCUGCCCCCACAAACUAUUCAAAAUGCUGCUCUUUACCACUGAGUAUGUUUUGAAAAUUGAAUGCCUGGAAUAAAACUUAUGUAUCCAUUGG